CUUUUACAUAGUUUCCAUCGAUACGAUCCCGACUCCCACCAAAAUUCAUCUACUGGUGUUGUGACAUUCUCGAACUGCGACUCAGGCAACGGACCUGAACGUGUCUUCAAGGUAAUCACGAUAGGAAAUUCGGGCGUCGGCAAAACAUCGAUUUUGCAGACGUUCAUCACCGGUAACUUCUCGCAAAUGGCCACCACAGUAGGCGUGGAUGUACAGGUAAAGCCCAUGAAAGUCGAUGGUGCAUCAGUAGUCUUGCAACUCUGGGACACAGCCGGCCAAGAAAGAUUCAUUCGCUCUGACUGUAGAUACCGAAGCAUUACGACGCAGUAUUUUAGAAAAGCCGAUGGCGUUAUCCUAGUCUACGACAUCACCACCGAAAUGAGUUUCCUUCAGUUGCGAGGUUGGAUGCAAAGUGUUGCUGAUGGCGUUGACCCUGGUACGCCGGUUAUGCUCUUGGCCAAUAAACUCGACCUCCUCGCGGAAAAUGUGCCCGCAAAAGUCAUAUUCCAGGCCGGUGAGAGAUUCGCAAAGGUGAGAAAAGUUUUCUCACUUCCUGCUCCGCAUCAGUUCGGUUGGUUAACUUCGUUUCUGACAGCGAUUUUCAACAUUGCUAAAAAAAGCUUCUAG